AUGAACACCGUGAAAGAUGGGGAAUGGCAGAACCGAACUCGAGAUAGAAAUUUCAAUCGAAGUAGGGAAAUGAGAGAGGGAGAAAGUCAGCCCGCAAGGCAUGAUAAGAAAAGAGAGCCCCCGUACCAACCCAAGUAUCACAACUACACUCCCCUCGCGAUGACUAGAACUAAAGCCCUGAUGAUGGUCGAGAAGUCUAACGUGCUCAAGUGGCCAAGACAUACCAGAUAUACACCUGCCAAGAAAUUCUCCAACAAAUACUGCAGAUUUCAUCGAGAGAAACGGCACGACACAGAGGGGUGCUUCCAGUUAAAGGACGAAAUUGAGAGGCUGGUAAGGCAAGGAUAUUUCAGAGAUCGCAUUUUGAGCGAGCAUAAGCCAGGAAGAGAUGACUCGAGAAGGAGCAGGUCGAGGAGUAGGGAUCGGCACGCGAACUCCAUGAGGGAAGAUAGAACUGCCGCGGCAAGAGAAAAUGCCUCGAUAAAGGGAGUAAUCCAUAUAAUAGCAGGAGGUCCAAGUGGGGGCGAUUCUAAGAGGAUGAGGAAGCGGUAUGAGAGAGUAAGUGGAUCGAAUUGGAGCCGCAAAUUCGUGAUGAACGUGAAAGAAAAGGAGGAAAUUUCCUUUAGUAGCAAAGACAGGCAACAGGGGAUAGGGUCGCAGAACGAUCCCAUGCUCAUCAGGAUGCACAUAGCUAACUUUGCAGUGCACAAAGUUCUAAUAGACAAUGGGAGUUCGGCUGAUAUCAUUUUUAAAGGUGUAGUGAAAAGGAUGGGAUUAGAGAACACCAAACUGGAGCCGGUAAAAACCCUGCUUGUAAGUUUUGGGGGUACUGAAGUGACGUCUUUAGGCACUAUAAGGUACCAGUUCCUAUAG